AUGUACACUAUGCCCGUGAGCGACACUCGUACUCAUCGAUCGUCUCAUCAACUUCCAGCUAUCGUCAACUCGCCAGAGCCACCUCGCCCAACACCCAAUGCCACUCAUGGACGCCCGUCCUCGCUCACCGACACUUUCGCCUCCAUCUACCAGAAAGAUGCGCAGCGCCUCGGAUACCGCGUGCCACACCCAUCCGGCAUCGAGCCCGAUCCAUCCAAGAAAGAGUACUGCACACACUGGAUUAAGACAGGGGAGUGUGACUGGACAGCAAUCGGGUGCAAGUUCAAGCACGAGAUGCCUGGUAUCGAGAAACUUCGUGAACUGGGUUUCGUUAGAGGCAUACCGAAAUGGUGGAAGGAGAAGUCGGCUAUCGGUCCCAGGCCGCCUACUUGGAUGCAGCGAAGGCUGGCGGCGAAUGAGGAUGCUGACCAGGAUGGUGCGAUACCGGAAGCGAGAGUCUUUCCUGACCCUUCGACAUUUCGAACGAGGAAGAGUGAAGAGCGUGAUCUACUUGAUGACGACGUGCAGAAGCCGCGUGGUAUUCUCAAGAGGAGCCCGUCUCCAAGACCGGCUGCAUUGGGACAAUUGACUCCUCCACCAGCGCCAGCCCCGCAGCCGAUCCGUCGUGCUAGCCAAGUAUCAGAUCUGCUCAUCGAUCUUGAUGAUAUUCCUGCCCCUCCACCCAGCCCUGAGUCAUCUUGCACUUCAGUAGUCAGUCCAGGAUCCAGUGAGGUGCAGAUCUCCUCCAGUCGCUCCUCCUCCUCGCCACCAUCGUCUCCUAGCAUCGAGUGUAAGACCUCGUCACCGAUCGAAAGCAGAAUCCCGCCAAAGGCUUCCGUCCUUAAGAAGACACCCACCCAGGAUUGCACCAACCGGCGCCACUCGCAGCUCACAUGGGCCUCUGACACCGAAGACGAUACCCCCGCCCCCACCAAGCCAUACCCCAGACCCCAUCGACCAGCCCAACAACGACGUAGGCCCGCUCCUCGCGGCGACAGCAGAUGCGCCGCCACAAGUUCCACGACUCCGACCAAGCAUUCCGGUCUUGCAGCUUCUAAGCAUGCCACCAAUGAUCAUGCUGUAAACAACAGUGCAAGCCAUGGCAAGAACGCGAACCGUAAGAUUCAUGGUAAACAUGUAGAAGACGUCGGCGUACCAGAGCUACAUGCCAAGAUUGAGCAGCUGCGGAGGGAGGCGCAUCAGAAGGACAGGGUGAGGAAGGGUGCUGUGAUGGUGGCACCUGCAGCUGGUAGACGAACCGCUGUGUGA